UAGCAAGUUCUGAGAAUGGCAGACUCAUUCCAGAGAGUCCUUCCAAAUGCUGGCUGACCUGGAGCAGGAAGCAGUGAGAUAGGCUGGAAGCCAUGUUUGCUGGAAGAGACUAGGAAACACCUCCGGUGAUCAAUAAGGUCACAAUGAAGACAGGUGACGGGUUAGAAAGAAACCUUGUAAUGCUGUAUGAAAGAAGCCUCAAUUUUUGAACUCCAUGAAAUAAGAUUCUUAAUGAAGCACCAACUCCAUGGAUCCAGGACAGGUUUGCCCCAUGGCCCGUUCUGAACAGUGUGCUGUCUGAGACAAGAUUCCAUUGGCAAACCAUCUAUUGCCUUACCGAGCAAGCAAAGAAGAUGGAUCUAUUGAAGAGCCAUCUGACUUUGUGCUUUCUACCUUCUGUGCCCUUUUUAAUCCUCAUGUCCACUCUAGCAACUGCUGAGAGUGUGACUAACAGCACUUUAAAUGGCACUGACGUGGUCUUGGGCUCUGUGCCCAUUAUCAUCACCAGAACCGACCAUAUCAUAGUCAAGGAAGGGAACAGUGCCUUGAUUAAUUGUAGUGUUUAUGGCAACCCUGAACUGCAGUUUAAGUGGUAUAACUCCAUUGGCAAGCUGCUGAAGGAAGAAGAGGAUGAGAAGGAGAAAGGAGGAGGAAAGUGGCAGAUGCUCAGUGGCGGCCUCCUGAACAUCACCAAGGUGUCCUUCUCAGACCGCGGGAAAUACACGUGCGUGGCUUCUAACAUCUAUGGCACUGUGAACAACACGGUGACCCUGAGAGUCAUCUUUACCUCUGGAGACAUGGGCGUCUACUACAUGGUUGUCUGCCUCGUGGCCUUCACCAUCGUCAUGAUCCUCAACAUCACCCGCCUGUGCAUGAUGAGCAGCCACCUGAAGAAGACCGAGAAAGCCAUCAACGAGUUCUUUAGGACAGAAGGUGCAGAGAAGCUGCAGAAGGCCUUUGAGAUCGCCAAGCGCAUCCCCAUCAUCACCUCAGCCAAAACCCUAGAGCUUGCCAAAGUCACCCAGUUCAAAACCAUGGAGUUCGCCCGUUACAUCGAAGAGCUGGCCAGGAGUGUGCCUCUGCCCCCCCUCAUCAUGAACUGCAGGACUAUCAUGGAGGAAAUCAUGGAAGUGGUUGGGCUGGAGGAGCAGGGACAGAAUUUUGUAAGGCACACACCCGAAGGCCAGGAGGCCACCGACGGGGAUGAGGUGUUCACCAUCCCCAACUCUCUGAAGCGGAGUGACUCUCCCACUGCCGACUCGGACGCCUCCUCGCUGCACGAACAGCCUCAGCAGAUUGCCAUCAAGGUGUCGGUUCACCCCCAGUCCAAGAAGGAUCACGCGGACGACCAAGAGGGGGUACAGUUUGAGGUCAGAGAUGAAGAGGAGACAGAACCCUCAGCCGAGCGUUCCCCGGAGACCGCAGAACCUUCUACAGAUGUCACAUCCACCGAGCUCACGUCCGAUGAGCCGACACCCGUGGAGGUGUCAGACCGAGGCCUGCCACCAGCCCACCUGGAAGUCACAGAGCCAGCCGUGACACGUGACAAAAACACCUGCAUUAUUUACGAAAGCCAUGUCUAACAGCAACUCCGAAAAGCUAUGCAUAUCGAGAAAAUCAGGGGCUGCUCCUUGUAACACAGAUGUAGUUCGCACUUGCCGCUAAGCCUUACCAGGAGACUCAUCCCUGUAGGUAGGAGUGAGACCGUUGGAGAAGGGGAGACAGCUGCGCACAGGUUACGGGACUGGCACCUCCUCCGUAGAAAGGAUGCGAGAAAGAUCAGGGUGCAGAAUUGAUAAGGGUCACACAGAAGGUAUCCGUCCCUGUGAUAUGAAUUUUAGAAUGGGCCAUUUUCUGCCAAACCCCUUCAUUGGCGAUGCCCUUCUGGCAAAGAGUACACUACUGUAAGAUAUUCCCGAGUUCCAGAGCUCUGUCCAAUGCAUCGGCAUUGCUUUUCCUUUUAAAAAUUAUAGAUCUGCUGCAAUAGCAAACGCACGUAUACAUGGGUUUGUUGCACUUUCUUCUCAGUUUUAUUUAUGUUCACUGUUCCUUUAUGACAGAGUAGUUGAUAUUAUAUUAAUACUAAUUGCUCUUUCUGAUGGAGUCCUCUUUAUCACCUUCACUUUUAUUUUUCUCCAGAAAGGUUUACCUCAGAGGCUUUGGUAUCAGUCACCGGUUCCAGGACUGAUAUCUGCAAGUCAUUUGUGAUGUUCCAAAGUAGUUGCUAGGAUCAUUAUUAUUUUUUUUUUUCAUUCCCCAGGUCUGUUUUCAUACUUUGCUUUUGUUUGUGAAGCUGCUCUAAUGAAACUGAGAAAUACUUGGCCCCAGAAUCGCACUUUAAUAGUCAAAUAAAAAAUGUGUUUACCUGUCCAAUUCUGAGAGCCUUUUGGGGAACUCAACCGAGGUGUGGAGGGAGAUUGUAAAAGGUUAAAUAUACCCACUCUGCUCAUGAAAACUAUUUACACUGAAGUAACAUCAUCCUCCAAACCAAGACUGGUUCUUUUACCUGGAAAAUGUAUCGCUUCCAAAGACGGAGGCAUUUCAUGAAUUCCUAUAGGUCAUAGAGUCUUGGCAUCUCAGAAGGGUUUGCAGGACCACGCACUGUCAGUCAACUAAAACACUUGACUUAGGGCAAUAAAUACAAGGAUCUAUGAAGUGCAUAACCAGGUCCAUUUGUGUAAACGACCUACUGACUUCCUGGUUCUUGAAAGGGAGAGUGAAUGACUAGGGUGGUGGCAUAGAGAACCAUGCCAUCAAGUUUUAUGCCAAAAUUAUUGAAUUAUUAAUCCCACACGGCAGUGUGAUGUUAUGGAAAGAAGAUAAAACUAGUCAUCCAGAGGCUUAACAUUUCCCUGACUGUGCCAAUAACUGGCUGCCUGGCAUGGGGCAAGUCUGGGCCUCACUCUCCCUGUCUGUAAGAGGGGGCAGACUAGAUGAGCUCCGAACGCCAUCACUCUCUCAGAGACCAAUAUUAACAUCUUUAGUCUUUUUCACAAUUACUCUAAAGAUUUUUUGCUUUCAUCCCUGGGUUCUCCAAAUAUUUUUAUGCUGCAUUACUCAAAUAAAAAGAAUUAGUUUUGAAAAACCA